UAAUCUUCUUAGUCUUUCUAUAAACAAAAUUAAAAAUUUUCCUCAGACUGAUUUUGCCACUUAAAAGAAUUAACUUCUAUAUGCAACUCGCAUACAGAUAAUCUCUUCCUAAACAGAUUAACCUCUCUGUUUUUUUUUUUUUUUUGCAAUUCAAGGAAUGGCGCCAUCCUCCUCAAUCCAAUUCAUUGACACAGCACUUUCUUGCACCAGUACACCUUAUGCACUAUCUUACCCUGACCCUAAACAAAAAUGGAUCAUUAGGAAACACCUCCUUUCUCUAAUAAUUGACUACCCAACUUUUAAACCUUCCACCGAUACUUUCUUCCACAAUGAUGGCACUGCCGUCUACCUCCUCAACGCGGCCGGCAAUCUCCAUCUCGCCGGUAGUAAAUACACCCCCCCUGUGCCUCUCACCAUUUGGGUACAUGAGAACUAUCCUUACAUGCCUCCUAUUGUUGUCGUCUCACCAAAUGAUUCUAUGUCUCCGAUUCAUCAGAAUCACCCUUUUGUCGACCCUUAUUCUGGUGCCACCUCUUCUCCUUAUCUCCAAACCUGGAUAUUCCCUCGCUGUAACUUAACUGAACUUGUUCGUAAUCUUGUCAAGAUUUUCUCUCACGACCAUCCUUUUUUAACUCCCUCCCCUUCUUCUAGUUUGACUCACCCUUCUCUUGUCUCGAAGAUGGAGGCUCUUGACCGCCUUUCGGGUACGAUUCACUAUGAUAAGAUUGCAUUGAAGGCCAAGAACGAAGAAGAAAUGGAGGGGUUAUCAAGCUUACAAGUAGAACUGAUGAAGCGAAAUCACGUCGCGAGAAACAUGAUCAUUAGCCUUGAGAAAGAGAGAGGGAGCUUAAAGGAGAGAGCAACGGAGUUGAUGGAACAGGCUGAUGUGGUGAUGAAUUGGCUGAGAGUUAAUGAUGUUACAAUUGAAGGAGAUGGAAUGGAAGAUGCAUUCGAAGGCGAUGAUGAAGAGUCGAGAUCGGUGAUUGAUUGCUUGGCUGCAGAGAGGGCUAUUGAGGAUGUGAUAUAUGCAUUGGACAAGGCAGUAGAGGAAGGAGCAGUGCCUUGUUUUGAUGCAUAUCUUAGGCAAGUGAGACUCCUGGCAAGAGAGCAGUUCUACCAUAGAGCUAGGCUUGUAAAAUUAAGAGGUCCUGACAUACUCCUUUGGCCUGAUUGAUAUGCAAACAAGUACCACUUUCUUGGGAACAGCUGAAACUGUUGUGAUUAGAGGUCAUCAGGGUAAGUUAUGAAAUGUAGAAACAUUGUUGCAUUUGUUGUUUGUUCUUGGAGAGAAUCAAACCAUACAGGAAGAAAAAAAGUGUUGUUUGUAUAGUAAAUUAUUUAUGGUUUGAUCUGCUA